CCUGCGCUAAUGAGCGCACCAGGCAGGCUGGCUGGCUGGCUGGCGCUCUUGCUUCCGCAUUCGCUUGAGAACGCUGAAGCAUCGACAACAAGCAAAGACGACGUGCCGAACCGAACCGUACCGGGGCAACCUGCGAGCCAGCAAAGACGUUUUCGACAGACACGUUGCUAAAUACGUUGACAAAAUGACCAAAACGGACUCAGCGGCAUCUACCUGCAGCGGUUGGAAGCGUCGGGGAGCCCAACAACAGCAAUAGUGACUUCCAAGAAUUGAAAGCCAAACGUCAAAGUGGGCAGACGUUUACGGGCGGCAUCUCAUGAGACUUGAGGUCUCGCUCGCUCGGCUGCAGGUGAGACAGCGCCACGUGAAUCGAGAUGCUGGCUGUUGCUCUUUUUGUUGGCUGAAAGGCGCAAGUGGCGGAGCGCUGCAAGUAGACAGCCUGCCUGCAGCUCAUCUUAAGCUCGUUUACGCGCACAGAUUAGCGCCGCAGUCUGCACAGCGACCUGGAUUUCAAGAUGUUCACAAGCAGCCUCGGAGACGUGAGCGCACUUGUUUUUGUUGCAUUUGCGCUUGGUUUCACUCUCCAAGGAGAAAUCGCCAUAUUUGUGUCAAACCGCUUGUAAAGGUCGGAGGAGCCACCUGUCGACGCCUUCCUUCCUUCCGUCUGUGCGUGCCGUUCUGACGUAAAGCCUCCGUUCCGUGGUGGCCGUCCUCGCCAUCUUGGUCCUCCCUCCCGCGCUCCUUUCUCUCGCCAUGGGAAACGAGUCGCGGCGGGAAAAGGCUCAGGUGUUGUUUGAUGAGUUUGUUUCAGCGUCCACCUGCAGGGCGGCGCUGCAUUCCUUCCGCCAACUGUGCGAGCACCUGCACCUGGACCUGGACGCCGAUAGGCGCGGCAACGAGCAUCCGCUCUACCGGGCCAUCAGACGGCGUCUGGCGUAUUGGAAGGCCAACGCCUUGUGGAGCAAGUUGGAGCGCCGGGCUUCCCGGCAGGAAUACCUGCAGAACCGAGCCUGCCGCGACGCCACGUGCGCCGUGAUCGGGGCGGGGCCCUGCGGCCUGCGCGCGGCGGUGGAGUUGAGCUUCCUGGGCGCUCGCGUGGUGGUCCUGGAGAAGAGGGAUACCUUUUCCAGGAACAAUGUGCUCCACCUCUGGCCCUUCGCCAUCCACGACCUGCGGGGACUCGGCGCCAAGAAGUUCUACGGGAAGUUCUGCGCCGGCUCCAUCGACCACAUCAGUAUUCGUCAACUUCAGCUGGUUCUACUCAAGGUGGCGCUGCUGCUCGGCGUGGAAGUUCACGUCAACGUGGAGUUUAAGGACGUGCUGGAGCCGCCGGGUGACCAGCGCCCGGGCGGUGAGACAAACUCCCAGCCCGUCCGUGCCCUCGUCUCUCGCGGCUUCGGCGCCUGCGUUCCCGAUUCCGUCUGUCGACGUCAGUCGGGCGGGCUUCCCGUCUCUUUCCAGGGGUGGGCUGGACGCUGGAGGCAUGGCCAAAGUCCCACGCCGUCAAUCGGCUGCAGUUUGACAUCAUCGUGGGAGCGGACGGUCGCAGGAACACUUUGCCCGCCACGCCCUGUGCCCGCAGGUUUUCGGCGCAAAGAGUUCCGCGGCAAGCUGGCCAUCGCCAUCACCGCCAAUUUCAAAAACCGAAACACUCGCGCCGAGGCCAGAGUGCAGGAGAUCGGCGGCGUGGCGUCAAUCUUCAACCAGCGGUUCUUCCAGGACCUCCGGCAGCAAACCGGCGUGGACCUGGAGAACCUGGUGUACUACAAAGACGACACGCACUACUUUGUCAUGACAGCCAAGAAACGCAGCCUGCUCCACAAAGGAGUCAUUUUACAGGACUUUGCCGACACGGAGCUGCUCCUCUCUCGAAGUAACGUGGACCAGAAGGCUUUGCAGGCCUUUGCCCGCACGGCCGCUAACUUCUCCACCGACGGGCAGCUUCCGUCUCUGGACUUUGCCAUCAACCACUACGGCCGCCCGGACGUGGCCAUGUUUGACUUCACGUCCAUGUACGCGUCGGAGAACGCCGCUAUGGUCCGCCGGCGCCGAGGGCACCGACUGCUGGUCACGCUGGUGGGGGACAGCUUGCUAGAGCCCUUCUGGCCGAUGGGAACGGGCGUCGCCCGCGGCUUCUUGGCCGCCCUGGACGCGUCUUGGAUGAUUCGUCGGUGGUGCCAAGGAGAUUUUCCCCUUGACCUCCUGGCUGAGAGAGAGAGUCUGUACCGUUUCUUGGCUCAGACUACGCCUGAAAACAUGCAGAAGAACUUUUCUUUGUACUCUCUGGACCCGUCGAGUCGCUACGUCAACAUCUGCCUGAGCGUCACACCUGAUCAAGUGAGACAUUUGCUCGACACGGAGGAGAACGCGGGACAAGAGCCGGAAAUGGUGGGAGCGUCGCCGCCGAUACCGGAGUCGCUCUCCGAGUCCAAUCGGCUUCUGGCGUGGUGUCGGCUGCAGACGGCGGGUUACCCCGGCGUCGCCGUCAGCGACCUGACGGCGUCGUGGAAGAGCGGCUUGGCUCUGUGCGCCCUGCUCCACCGCCACAGACCCCAACUCAUAGACUUUGAGUCGCUGAACCCCGCGGCGCACCACCACAACGUUGGCUUGGCGUUUGACGUGUGCGAGCGAGAGUUGGGAAUUUUGCCGCUGAUGACGGUGGAGGAGAUGACUUCGGCGGCAGAACCGGACGCGCUGUCCAUGGUCAUGUACCUCAGUCAACUCUACCAGCUGCUACGGGAUGGCCCGCCUUCUUCGGGAGCCAUAGGCGAGGAAUCCGAGCGGCGCCAGAGCCAUUUUGCCGCGUCACCGCUGCGCCCGUCUACAGUCUGGCUGUCCCAGGAUUCCCAGGUCCGAGCAGCCUCGGUGACCCCGGCCUCCCUCCUGAGCCGACUUGGACUCGAUCUGUCGCGGCAGCAAAUGUCAAAGGAGAAGAGGAGCCGGCCGAGCCAACGGUGCCACCGAGACCAACAGCGGUGGCACGCUGACGAGGCCAUCGCCGAGGCUCCCGGCCCCCGUGUCCGUUUGAUGGCCCGCCUGCUGCAGGCCAAACUGGGCCACGGGUCCUCCUCCUCCUCCUCCUCUUUGGGCCAGCGGACGCUGGGCUCCGAGCAGGAAGCGGACUCUCUGCCUGUGGCUGACCGCCAGCAUCCGACGGCCUGCGCCAGCGACGUGUGUUUCUUCUGCCGCCAAAAAGUUUACGUGAUGGAGCGUCUGAGCGCCGAAGGGCUUUUCUUUCACCGAAGCUGCUUCGCGUGCCACGUGUGUCGGAGCACGCUCAGAAUUGCCGCCUACCGAUUCCACGCCGCCACCGGGAAGUUUUCGUGUCCGCGGCAAUGCGAGCCGUCCGCUUGUGCCGGUCCGUCGGCGCCAAAGCCCGACCGAAUGGUGUCGUGCGACAGAACUCAGCGGCCAUCUUGUACGUCACUGCUGCUGUCAUCUGAAGAGUCUUCCGUGGCAACAGAGCAUCGGCGCUUGUCAGCUUUUUCACUCACGCCGGAGCGAAUCGAGUUGGAGAACGACAAAGCGGAGCGCCUGGAGGCCGAGGAGAUCUCUGAAGAGGAGAUCUCUGAGGAGUUCCUGGCCUGUUUCAACCUGAGCACAGACGACCAGACUUUGAGUUCAGAGGCAGACACUCCGGUCUCGCCGACGUACCAAACGGCGUGGGAGGAGGCUCUUGAGGACGGCCUGCGGCUGACGGCUUGCCAGGAAGAGGGGGACCGAGAGGAAGACCAGCCAGUCAGUGAGGAAGAAUCCAGCGACGACACAGGGGCGCCGGGUGAGACUUCGGCCUGGCGCAACACGCCCUCCACCGCUUCUUUCGUCACCAAGGUGGACUCCGCCUCCUCCGUGCGUUGGCCAUCCCCCUCGGAGAAAGAAGUUUCGCUGGCGGAAUGUGUUGAGGGGGCGUGGCCCGAAGAAUCCAAUGGCCGUUGCCAACGUGUUGAACGGCAAGCGGAAGGGGGCGGGGCCAGGGCGCUGUGGAAGGCUGUGUUUUCCAGGACCAGGGACAAGACCAAAGAGGCUGGCCGACCAGCAGAGCCACUCCAUCACACGCACGAUGCUGGCUGGUGGACCGCGCAGCGCAAAUGCUCGCCGGAAGCCCGCAACAACCUGCAUCUGGAGACCCUGGACAUGGCAGCUCGCUUGGAGAAACUUUGCAUCAGAGAGCGGGACGCGGCGGCGGCGGUGGUAGAGCACGGCGCUCGCGCUCAUCUCCAACCCGUCUCGGACGCUGACGGCUUUGCUCGUCCUCAGCCUGCCUACGUUCCCCACGCUCUGGCCUUCAGGCCAGCGUUUCCCAAGGUCAGGGAGCGUCGGCCACGGCGCCAUCCUCCCCCGGACUCGGACGGCCGCUCGUCCUGUGCCACCGAGGUGGCGGGCGUUCUGGUCCGUCCCCGGGAGCCGUCCAGCCUCAGCGUGCCCGAGAGCCUGUUCCGCCCGUACGAGGCACCUCGGCCGACGGAGCGCCGUCGGCCGGAGAGGAGCGGCCGCCGACGAGCCAAGCGGCGGCAACUCGAGAGGCUACGCCGAGCUCAGCUGAUCCAGUGGCAGCUACAGCUGGUGGAGGAGGAGCAGCGACGUCUGGAGGCCCAAGGAGUGGCGCUGGAGCAAAGUCUCCGAGGAGCGUGCGGUGACGACAAAAGCAGCUUCAUGCAGCUUUGGUUCCAAUUGGUCCAGCAGAAGAACGCCCUGGCCCGAUACGAGUCGGAGCUCGGCAUUUACGCGCGGGAACUGCAGCUGGAAGACCAACAGAGCCGACUCCAGCAGGAGCUUCGCGAGCGGAUGAUGCUGGACGACCGGCUGAAGGGUGACCGGGAGCUGCUGCAGGAGCGCGCCAUCCUGGAGGAGAUGCUGGAGGUGCUUGAGCGCAGGAAGGCCUUGGUGCCGCUGCUGGAGGAGCAAAGGCUCAGCUAGGACCGGCCCUGAGCCGCCCGCUCUCAAAACAAGGUCGGCGUGCGCCAGACACCGCUUCGCGGAGAGCACGGCUUUUCAAAGCGCAUGCCUUGGAUGGAACUCUGCUAAAAAUGAACAGUUGACCCCAAAUGAAGAAAGAGAAGAGUUGACCCAAGGCGUUACAAAGGACACUUCUCUUACCACAGCCACUAACCAAUACGCUAAGUGAGUGUCAUCACCCCCCUUUCGCCACCACCAAAGUGCAACUUCCUGUUUCAAAAGGCAAAUGAAGACAGCGGCGGGCGCUUUUCACACCUAAGCCCUUCUUUAUUGGCUGCUGCUAGUGUGGCUGUCCUACUGCUCCGCUGACACCUUCAGGUCUUUGGCCACCAGUCCGGAGGUCACCGGGUGCAUGGCGGCCCGGUGAUUGAGGAACACUCGCACGGCUUCCUCCCGGUACUUUUCAAAGUUGAACAGCUCCCUGUAGGGGGCAAAACGGCCGUCCCGUCACCCGACGCGUCGACGCCGAAGCGUUCCCUCCUGUACCUGAAAAGCGGACGCGUGAAUUUCAUCCUGCCCUGCUCGGUGGCCAUCCGGAACGCCGCGGGGACCGCCUCCUCCCAGCGGGACCGCAGGCAGAGUCGCAGCCACCUGGGCACAGAACGGCGGAUGGUCACGGCCGGCCAGUCGGCCGGCCGGCGGGCGGGCGACCCACCUGAAGCGGACCUCCGAGUUCAUGCAAGCGUUGAGAUGGUACACCUCCUGCAUCUUCUUCACGUGGCUCAAAGGGAGCGGCUCCUGAAAGGGAGCAGAGCGGACUAAAGCGGGCCCCUCCCUCAAGCACUCGCAAAAGUGCCCACCGGGUGUGGCCUUCCCGUCUUCAACUAACUCCUUGUCGCAGGCGCUCCGGUUUUACCUCCUGCAGAAGAAGAGACAAGAACUCCACCAGCUGGUGGGAAGACAGCUCGUCCACAUCUGAGGCGCCGAAGGCGCUCAAGUCUCGCUCUCCAGCCUGGAACGAGAACCGAGAAAGGGCUCUGACCUGCCUGCGCGUUGAAAAGCAAACAAAGGAAUGGGGCGCCACCCGAGUCUCACCUGGACCCAUCGCUGACAAAGAGCGAUGCAGGCGUCCGCCAGGGUGGUGUCGUAGCUGGAAGAAGAAGAAGAAAGGAGAGAACGUGUGGCACGGGAGCGCAGCGUUCAAAGGCCGGCGGGCCGGCCGGCCAGCCUGCCUGCCUGGAGGAUCCUCACCGCGGCUUGAGCGGCGGCAUCCCGGGGCUGAACAUCCAUGCGUUCCAGUCCACCUUGUUCAGGACAUCGACCUGCCAGACCAAAAAAAGCCGUGCAGUGGAGCUCGCUCGCGACGUAAACACUCCUCUGCUGUGCCUCACCUUGUCUUUAAAGUAUGUGAACAGGAAGUCUUUCCACUGCUCCGUGGUGACGCUCUUGUAGGCAAACAUCUGGAUGUACGAUUUGACGAAGCCCAUAAAGACCUCUGGAGGAGACAAGCGGGACAAGUCGUCCACAAGGAAAGCGAGCGGGUGGCUGCCGGCCGCGUGCGACCGUGGUGUCGUGCCAGUGACUUACCGGGACCCCCCAGGAGUUCCUCCAGGUGGUACAGAAGAGCAAAGCCUUUCUCGUACGGGACGGAGGAGAAGGCGUCGUCCGGGUCCACGUCCCGCAGACUGGGGAUCAGCUUGGUCAGGGGGUUUGUUGCUCCAAAGGUGCUAACCUGUCGCGCCACACACACGCGUCAAGACGGUGGCGGCUGGCGUCGAGGCGGCGUCGCGUCUCACGGAGUCCUGCAGGUCCUUCCAGCCGCCCAUGGCCUUGAACUGGCGGAAGGCUUCCCCCUCCAGACGCCUGCCGAUCAUCCUCUCCAGGUACACCGUGUGACCCUCGUUCAGCCUGCCAAAAAUCAACACCUGUCCUGUCCUGUCCUGGCAGGCCGGCCGGCCGGCAUGUGAGCCACUGACCAGAAGUUUUCCCAGGUCUCGUUGGUCACCAGGUUUCCUGUCCAGCUGUGAGCGAUCUCGUGAGCGAUCACCUGGCGGCGGGAAGAGGAUGACCUUGACACUUUUCCACACUAGCGAGGACAGGAUGAGACGUUUGACCCACUUACGUUGGACAGAGAUUUGUCUCCAGCCUGCCGGUGCAACGCAGAAUGUCAAAAUAACCAAAGUCUACUAAGCGCGCGCACGCGGGACCGACGGCGUGUGCUCACCAGUAGCGUGGGCGUGGCAAAGGUGAGGCAAGGGUUUUCCAUGCCGCCGUACGGAAAGGAUGGUGGCAGGACCAAAAUAUCGUAGUGCCCCCAAACGUAGGGGCCGGCCAGGUCCUCUGCCGUCUUCAACAUGACCUCCGUCUAAAGGGUGCUACGGCGCUUAGCGAGCGGCGGGCCAGGCGAGCCAGCGAGCGGCGGGGGACGCACCUCAGAGAACUCAAACGCCGCUCGGUCCACGUACUCCGCCUCGGACCAGACCCUGGACCGGGGCCCGAUUUGCCUAAAAAGAAAGCACGCGUCACAAGUGUGAACCCGGAGCUGCACCUGGACUCCAACAUACCUGCUUUCCAGAGCGCCCACCACCAAGGCAAUCAGAUAGGAGCCGUCCGUCGGCAGCUUACGUUCUGUCUGAAGCGGAAGAUUGCGCGAUUGGCAUCCCCGGGGUCCACGCGCUGACCGUCUGGCAGUGCGCUCAUGGCUGCCACCAAGUCUUUGGGGACUGACACCUGCCAACGGCGCACACCGCGAGUGAUGAGCCUGCACACCAGCACCAAAAAAAA